CCCCCCCACUGGGCGCCGCCCCCUGGCCGGCGGCGCCGCCGGAUUUGCCACAUCUGCAGCGCCGGGGCUCAGCUGCCUCCGGAGCCGAGCGCGCCGGGAGAUGGAGCCCUGCUGCCGCCCAGGCCGCCCCCCGGGACUCCCCAGCUGCCAGGGCCGCCGGCCCGGAGUCGCCGCGUAAACCGGACCCGCCGCCCACGCAGCCCCCGGGACCCGCCCGGCCUCAGCGGAGCGCGCCCGCCCCUCUCCCGCCGCCGCCAGCAGCCCGGUCUCUUCGUCGCCGCGGGAGCCGGGCCAUGGCGGGGCGAUGAACCAGCGGCCGCCCCUGCCCGGCGGCUUCGGGGAGCGGGGACUGGCCCAGCGCGGCGGCUCGAUCCCCGCCCGGCGGAGCGCGCUGCCGGGCUAGAGCCGGCCGGGCCCGGCGGCAUGUGGGGCUCCGGGGGCGCCGUGCUCCAGCUCCUCUCCCGGGCCGCCAAGUUCGCGGCUGCCCAGGGAGCCCGGCAGGACCUCGGCCGCUGGCUGGCCCGGGCUGGCGGAGCGGGGGAGGCGGCCGGCUGCGCCCAGGGCGACGCGGCUGGGCUCCUGCGCGGGCCGUAUCCGGGGCAGAACGGGCUGCAGCGCUCGGAGCUGCUGCUGUGCCAGCUGCCGGAGGCGGGCGGCGCGGGGCCCGGGCUGCCCGAGGCCAGGACGUGGCGCUGCUCCUGCUGCCUGCUGGGCACCUGCUGGUGCAAGAGCUGCCUGGCCGCGUGCGUCCUGGCCGCGCUGUGCUUCGCCGCGCUGGCCCUGGUGCGCCAGUACGUGCGGGACCUGCUGCUCUGGGCCGAGAGCCUGGACAGCGUGGCCGGGGUGCUGCUCUUCACCGUGGGCUUCAUCGUGGUCUCCUUCCCCUGCGGCUGGGGCUACAUCGUGCUGAACGUGGCCGCCGGCUACCUGUACGGCUUCGUGCUGGGCAUGGGGCUGAUGGUGCUCGGGGUCCUCAUCGGCACUUUCAUCGCCCACGUGGUCUGCCAGAAGCUGCUGGCCCGCUGGGUGCUAGCGAGGAUCCAGGGCAGCGAGAAGCUCAGCGCCGUUAUCCGCGUCGUGGAGGGAGGAAGCGGCCUCAAAGUGGUGGCCCUGGCUAGGCUCACCCCCAUCCCCUUCGGGCUCCAAAACGCGGUGUUCUCGAUUACAGAUCUAUCUUUACCCAACUAUCUGAUGGCUUCCUCAGUUGGACUGCUUCCUACUCAGCUCCUAAACUCCUACUUAGGCACCACUUUGCGAACCAUGGAAGAUGUCAUUGCAGAACAAAGUGUUAGUGGCUAUUUUAUAUUUACUUUACAGAUUGUUAUAAGCAUCGGUCUCAUGUUUUAUGUUGUUCACCGAGCUCAAGUGGAAUUGAACGCAGCUAUCGUAGCAUGUGAAAUGGAAAUGAAAACUUCGUUUGCUCCAGGCAGCCAACCAAGCAUCACUUCUUCAACAACAUUCUGCAACAAGAGGACAAUAACAUUUUCUGGGGGUGGGAUCAAUAUUGUGUGAUUUAAAGUAUUAAAAAAUAUAUGGUUUUGUAAAUGUAAGCUAUUACCUAGAAAUGGCUAUGGACAACUAUAACUAGUGUAAAAAAACAAAGCCAAACGGUUACAGGUUGUACUGUGACAUAGACCAACUCACCAGUUAUUAAAUUGCACAGGAGGGUUAUAUUUAGCAAGGAACAAUAGAUGUUUAACCAACUUCGAAACGUAGAUCAAGUCACUGCACCUUUUGUCCUUUAUUAUACCUAUCAUGAUCUGUAGCCUGCACUUUAGGUUUUGUUUUGUGUUUGCUCCUAGAAACUGAUAAAAAUGGCUCAGAGGUAAUUUUUCUGCUUAGCAUUAUUUAUAAGGUUGAAUAAUUAUAUACAGUAGAUCUUUAUUACUGAUAAAGAUGAAUGAGUAAAAAGUGUGCAAUUCAAUGUAGAAUACUCUUGAAUGUGCUUUGCUUUGUAAAUAUUUCCAGAAAUGAUGUAGUGUAUUACUUUGCUAAUUAUGGGACCAUUUGGCUUUCCCCCCAUUUUUUAUUUUAAAAGGAGAAUCCUAUAUAAAUUUUUGGUUGAAUGUAUUUUUGUAAAUCAUUGAAAUGUUGCAGAGCCACUUGUACUUAUUCACACAAGCUUAAAUCCUACAUCGUGGGACUGAAGUGCUCUUAAAUAACAUUUUAAGUUACACUGUGUAAUAUGCAAAAUAAAAGGGAAAUUAUAGAGGACAUAAUGGGUUAUGGUGAAUAUAGCACUAUCUGAGGGAGAACUCGUGAGUUAUCUGCUCUAGUGACUUUACCACGUGGAUUGUAACAAAAGGGCUGUUCUAUUGCAAUUCUAUUUAUAAAUUUUUUUAACCAAUUUA